GCCGCUGAAAAUACUUUGACAAGAUUAGAUGAAUUCUGGAAUAAUCAUCACUAUAUCUCAGGAGCUUAUGACAUGCCUGACGGCUUUAAGAAACUUGACGACCAUAUAAACACAACUUAUGGAAAAUUCGUUAACAGAAUUUUUUACCUUGCAUUGCCGCCUUCUGUAUUCGAGCCUGUUGCAACAAAUAUUAAGAAACAUUGCAUGUCUAGUGCGGAUGGUGUCUGGACGAGGAUCAUUAUUGAAAAACCAUUCGGCCGAGAUCUUGAUUCCUCAAACAAGCUGUCAGCCCAUUUGGCUGGAAUGUUCACGGAAAAGCAAAUUUAUCGAAUUGAUCAUUACCUCGGAAAAGAAAUGAUUCAGAACCUUAUUGUUCUCCGAUUUGCCAAUAGAAUAUUUAGUCCCCUGUGGAAUCGCGAUCACAUCGAUAACGUUAUGAUUUCUUUCAAAGAAUCGUUCGGCACAGAUGGACGUGGAGGCUACUUUGAUAAUUAUGGCAUCAUUCGGUAUGUUCGUAUUAACUUUACUAUUGCCCCUUAUAUCUCAGUUAUAAUUCACAGAUAG